AUGGAUAAUAAUUGGGAUGGCAUUCAAUAUUUCGUGAAGUGGGCCAAGUUGCUAUCUUAUGCUGAUAUACUUGUCAAUCGAUUCAAGGCCGCAGGAUGUGAUUCAGCUGCAGAUGAGCUUAAGAUGAUAAGAGAUGAAUUUAAUUAUCAUAUAAGUAUCAAAUCCAAUGGUGAGGUCUUUCGUAAGGCCUGGGAAGCAGUCGCUGCAAUGCCGGACAAGUGGGAAGAAACAGUUGAUAACACCGAUUGGGAUGAGGCCAGACCAAAGGACGAUGCCGAAUGGGAACAGUGGAAUGCGUUUAAACUUAAUGGCGAUGAUUGUGCUCAAAUUUUUGAGAGUGAAAUGCAAAGAUUAACUACAAUCACGAAAGCCAAAUUACAAGUGAAAUAUGAUGAGGCUGUCAAGCGCUGGGAGGCCGCCAAGAAGGCCACGGAAGAUGCUGACGGAGAAGUGCGUCAGAAAUGGAAGUUAACGCGAAAAAAACAUGAAAGUGCCAGAAAAUAUCAUCUUGUUUGGUCAGAAGUUUGGAAAGCAAAGAUAUCUUUUCUUGAAAAGGGUGAACAAGAAUGGGCUGCUGAGUGUGAAAAAUGGGAGACAUGUGUAAAUUUAAUGAUCCAGCAGCAUGGUGUUGAUUCCGAUCUCGCGCAGAUCGCAAGGUACCGCUCAGAACUAACUUCUACAAAGGAGUUUACAGGGGAUUGGGGCUUUCCACAUUGUACGAAGUGGUACCAGUUGAUAUACAAAUCUAAGCUAUUGUACCGUCAAUUCAAGGUUGCCGGAUGUAGUGCAGAAGCAGAUGAGGUUCUGUUGGAAAGAUGUGAAUUUGAUGAUUGUAUAAAAAAAGAAUCCAAUGGUGAAGCCUUUUGUGAAGCCCGGUGUAUAGCCCAAGCUAUGCUAAACACGUGGGAAAAAACCAAUAAUCGCACCGCCUGGGAUAAGACCAAACCAGAGUACGAUGACGAAUUGAAUAAGUGGAAUGAGUUUAAACCUAAGGGUGAACAGUAUGCGAAGAAGUUGGAGGCAAAGAUUAACUCUCUUUAUGGACGUGUACAUUUGCAAGCUCAGACGUUCGAAGGUAAUGUUGAACAAAAGAACAAGAGAGACAAGGAACGCAAGAAGCUCCGUAAAUUGGAGAAAGAAGUAAAUCAAAAGUUAGAUAAAAUCCGCAGAUUGAAGAAAAGACGAUGGCGCAAGAAGAUCCGUAAAUUGAAGGGUGUAAUAAAAAGAAAGAAGAAGGAAAUUGAUAAACUUAUUAAAGAUGGCGGUAAACAUCGCAACAGGAUUCGUAAAUUAAGGGCCAAAAUCCAGAAAUAUUAUAAAAGGAUCCAAAACGUGAAGGAUGAAGUGAAACAGAGACGCCAGAAAAUCAAAGAAUUAGAGCGUGAAGUGGCGCAAGGGAAGAAGAAAGUUCGUCAGUUGAGGAAUACUAUUGCUCGAAAGGACGAAGCAAUCCGAGAGCGUGGGCGCCCAGUGAAGGAAUUGGGUAGCUCUCUCGAGUUGCCUGCACAGGUCCAGACAACACUGAUCAGAGAUUAG